UGGGUAGAUAUGAUAACCCUCCUGACUGGGAGGAUGUCAUCAAGUACUUCAGGGGUUCCGAGUUGCAGAACUACUUCACUAAGAUUCUUGAGGAUGACUUGAAGGCUGUCGUAAAGCCCCAGUAUGUCGACCAGCUCCCGCGAGCCGUCAAGACGCCCAACAAAUCUGUCAAGUUCCUGCUCGAGCACCGGUCUGCCAUGGAAAACUUGGAUGAUGUUCUGGAUGUUCUAGAGCUUCGCCAUAUUCUGGACCGUGAUGUGAACCAUCUUUCCGGUGGAGAGUUGCAGCGAUUCGCUAUUGGAACCGUUUGCGUCCAAAAAGCAGAUGUGUACAUGUUUGACGAACCGUCUUCUUACCUAGAUGUGAAGCAACGUCUGUCUGCCGCGCGAAUGAUUCGCUCUCUUCUUGGUCCGGACAACUACGUCAUUGUCGUCGAGCACGAUUUGUCAGUUCUUGACUAUCUCUCCGAUUAUAUCUGCGUUCUCUACGGUAAACCUGCUGUCUACGGUGUCGUGACUCUUCCCCACUCUGUCCGUGAAGGCAUCAAUAUCUUCCUCGACGGCCACAUUCCUACCGAGAACUUGCGAUUCCGAGACGAAUCCCUUACUUUCCGUAUCUCGGAAGGUACCGAUGAUUUCCAGGCUGACAAGGCUCGAGCAUUCACUUACCCUAACAUGGAAAAGACCCUCGGCAACUUCAAGCUUCGCAUUGACUCGGGUGAUUUCACCGAUUCGGAGAUUAUCGUCAUGAUGGGUGAGAAUGGUACCGGAAAGACCACCUUCUGUAGGCUUAUGGCCGGUGCGCUUAAGCCUGAUAGCGUUAAGAAAGUGCCCGACAUGAGAAUCAGCAUGAAGCCCCAGACUAUCACCCCCAAGUUCGAGGGCACGGUCCGUCAGCUGUUCUUCAAGCGAAUUAAGCAGGCUUUCCUGUCCCCGCAGUUCCAAACAGACGUUGUUAAGCCGCUCAAGCUAGACGAUUUCAUUGACCAGGAAGUCAAGAACCUGUCAGGUGGUGAAUUGCAGCGUGUGGCUAUUGUCAUGGCCCUCGGCCUGCCAGCUGAUAUCUACUUGAUCGACGAGCCCUCUGCCUACCUGGACUCAGAACAACGUAUUAUUGCAGCACGUGUCAUCAAGCGUUUCAUUAUGCAUGCCAAGAAAACAGCUUUCAUUGUAGAGCACGAUUUCAUUAUGGCUACCUACUUGGCAGAUCGUGUUAUCGUCUUCGAUGGCAAGCCUGGUCUCGACGCCCAUGCCAAUAGUCCCGAGUCCUUGCUUACCGGGUGCAACUCAUUCCUGAAGAAUCUUGAUGUUACAUUCCGACGAGACCCAACGAACUAUAGGCCUCGUAUCAACAAGCUCAACAGUCAGUUGGACCAGGAACAAAAACUGGGCGGAAACUAUAUAGUUCUACUUCUUGAAACGGUUAACCCACACGGCAAUGGUCAUCAUGAUGGCCAUAAACAUCAUCGAAAUACCCCACCAGCAUCUGAUACCGGCGUUCUAGGCGUACAAAAACGGAAUUACACGCGCCGAGGGAACGGGGUUGCGCACGAAUCAUCUGAGGUAAAUGCGGAGGGUGGGGAGGAUAAUGACGAUCCGGGUGGCUAGCCACAGCGACGGCAGUCUAUCCCCUGUUCGCCUGGUCCUGCAGAUAUGUACACACUGGGGACAUAUUUUACGUGUUUCUUGACAGAGUCUGAAUAUCGCAACAUAUGCUGUUGCAAAAGAAUCUCGAGGCUUUGGGUUCUGCGGAUCAAAGGGCAGAUGGGUCAAGCGGGUGACUGCCGUCACCUUUGCGUCUACUUGAUGCUAUACAAUGUGCUUGUCGUUGGUAAAUUAGGGGAUAAUCGUAACUAGGCACCUGGCGUAGAUAUAUAGCGGGUGAUAUCUAGAGAGUAGUAGCGGCUCGUAGACGGAGAUACGAGAACGAAAAUUCAUCCAUGAUCUACUCUUCAGAACCUACCUUUUCUCCCCUUACCUAUGUAAAUUGGUGAAUAAGUCGAUAUGAAAAUACCAUGUUUACUUUCCUG